ACCUUGGGAACCAAGUAAACACAUUUCUAAGGCGAGCAAUUACAGAUAGAACACCAGCAAUGGACAGUGGAACGCACGUAUCUCGUGGAACGCACACUUUAAUAAUAAUAAUAGCGAUCUGAUUUUAGAGCUAAUAGAGUGCGUUCGGAACGCGUCACUUCCGGUGGAAAUGACCGCGUGGGAAACAAGCUAAUGGGAAAACAUGCCAUCACGGCGGAUCCGGUAACCCGUUCAACAGCCUCGCUAGCCGCUAGGUACACGCAUCUCAUGGUGCAAUAUUUGGCCACUAUAAAUGUCUUUAUAGUAUCAUCCAUUCAAAGACGUGUAGGAUUGGCAGCCCGAAAACUAACCUCUGGACAUCGGACAUGAAAGAGCGUUUCAUCUUUUUAUAUAUAUAUCAAUUAUUCUAAUUUCAUUUUAUUUUUUUGUAUUUUUUCUCUCAAUUUUCUUAUUCAAAAACCGUUAUUGAAAAUGACCAGUCUGUUUCGUAGAAGUAAUAGCACUGCAAACUCGAGAAGUAGCUCCACUCAGGAGCUGAACAACAGCCGGCCUGUGCGCAGGUUGGAGUUCAAUCAAGCUAUGGAAGAUUUUAAAACAAUGUUUCCAAACAUGGAUUAUGAUAUUAUUGAGUGUGUAUUGAGAGCUAAUAACGGAGCAGUGGAUGCUACAAUUGAUCAGCUGCUGCAGAUGAACCUGGAUGAAAGCGGAUAUGAUGACAGUUCUGACUCAGAUGACAGCAUUCCUCCAGAGAUCUUGGAAAGGACUCUAGAACCAGACAGUUCUGAUGAGGAACCUCCACCCGUUUACUCUCCUCCUACCGUUAUGCCUUCAUUUGACAGAUCACAUGCACAGAACCCUCCUGCUCCACCUCUUAGGACUGAUGUGUUGACUUGCACGGGUACACAAGUUCCAAAACUGUAUAAAAACUGGAAUCCUCCUUUAUUAGGAAACCUGCCUGAUGAUUUUCUGCGCAUCUUACCACAGCAAAUGGACAGUGUUCAGCUGUCACACGGUGGAGCAUCUUCCUUAUGUGAUGAAAGCAAAACAAAAACAAAAUCCAUGGGCAAUGAACGGAAUUUAAAUCAAUACCUGCACGAUGAACAGAUUGCCCUCUUCCUGCAGAAUGAAGAGUUUAUGAGAGAGCUUCAAAGAAACAGAGAAUUUCUUCUUGCAUUGGAAAGAGACCGUUUAAAAUAUGAGUCAAAGAAAUCUAAAAGUAGAAGUACAUUGGUCAAUAAUGGCUUUGGAAUGUGCCCUCCGAUAUCAGCUGAUGAAUUCCAAGGGAUUUCUGAAAGCAGUGACUCUAACAAUACCAUAUCUGAGGAUGCCUUAUUUAGAGACAAACUGAAACAUAUGGGCAAAUCAACCAGGAAGAAAUUGUUUGAAAUUGCCAGAUCAUUUUCUGAAAAAACAAAAAUAAGAAAAUCGAUGAAGAAACGAUCACUAAGGCAUCAGGUUCUAAGCACAGCUGCUUCUACAGCCAAUCUCCUGGAUGAUGUUGAAGGUCAGUCAUGUGAUGAAGAUGUCCAAACAAGGAUAAAACAGCAAAGUCCUGAUGAGACUGAGACGCAAAGUGAAGGACAAUCAAAGUAUGAACUUCCAUAGCAGAUCAUGUGGGAAAUUGAAGCAUUGUUUGAUCGUUUGUGAAACUCGAGUCUUGAAACCAAGAAAAUGAAGUAGUAGCGGCAUUGGCUUUUACGCUGCUGUUUUUCACAUCUUUCAGAAGAGGAAUUUUUAAAAAGCACAAUUUUAGCCACCUAUUUAAAAAUUAGAUAACAGCCAGUCUUCUGAACCAUAGUCAUAUUACAUACAUUGUAGUUGAGUCGUUUGAAAUUACAUAAACUAAAGUACUUUGUCUUAUAGUGUUUUUUUAUGAAACUGAAAAGAUUACAUUUUUAUUCUUUGAUUACCUAUAUGUACUAGAAAGUUGUAUUUCUUCAAACUGGUCACUUUUCUCAUUUAAAUUUGUCAGUAUGCUAUAAUGAAUGUUUCAAAUAGUUUCACAGGUCCAUCUUCUAAUUUUCACACAUUUAAAAAGUGAAUUCAAAUAGAGUGCUUUAGCGUUACGUUUUAACAGUCUACUCAUGGAAUAAGCAACUGUACUACAUAUGGUAAUCUUGUGCUUUGUGAUGUAUGUACUAUACAAGACUUAUCUUGGCCAAAACCAGCAGAAUGAUUCUGUGAUUGUAUACAUAUGCAUAUCUUACUUAUUUAAUGAUUUUAGAUUAUGCAGCUGCCUCUUUUUCAAAAGUCAAAUAUAGGCACCAAAUAAGAUGUAAAAAAAAUAAAAAUAAAGAUAAAACUGGUCCUUACAAAUUCCUUACAUAAAAAAAUGUAAGCUUCCUAUAAGAUAGAAAUGCUAAGCACUAAGAAGAAAAGCAAAACGUCGAUAUUGCAAAACUCCUGUAUUCAUUACUCAGCAAAUCUCUUUUGCACCUAAAUAGACCAACAUUUUGAGA